AUGGCACUCCCCGUCAGAUCCACCCCGCAGCUCAACCCAAACCCCGUCAAGGCGGCCGAUGAACCGCAAGGGAUCGUGAAGAGCCAGCCCAAGCAGUGCGCCGGCGCCGUCGCCGAGUACGUGGCCGAUAUCCUCAGAUACUGUGGUGUAGGAGACGCCACCCGAACCAGUCUCUCGUCCGAUACGUACUUUGAGGGCAUCCUGCAGGCGGCCUGCAAUGAUCCCAGGUGCGCCCAUGCAUACAAAUCGCACGCCCCGGUGAUCCAGCGGCUGUGCGAGCCCAACGAAGUUGCCGUUGUUCAGUUCUGGGGCCACCGGCUCUCGUAUGUCGUCAAGGACCUCAUGCCCGGCGGCUUUGUCGACCCGGUCACCCAUCCGAGCUGCCAGGUGAUGGCCUCGAACGGCAAGCACUGCCUCGCCAAAUCCAUCGUGGCUCUCAUGGAGCUGAUGCGGUUCAUGGACGGUGGCGAAAAGCUGCUGGGUCUGCGGGAAAGCCUGUGCGAUGUCCGCCACUGCUAUGCCGAGCUGUUCUCACGCGAGUACAACGAGGACGACGACGGCACCAAUGUGUUCGCGAUCAACGGCCUGCACCUCUUCACCCCGCAGUUUUCUGUUCUCAAGAGCUACAUCAACGGCAUCUGCACGAACUGGCUGUCGAUUCCGAUCUACUAAUCCUGGCUCAAGGCCGCACCGAUUCCGCGGCGCUGAAGCAGUCAUGGGACCCUGGAGCCUCUACACCUCACUCCGCGA